AUGGUGCGCCAUAAAGCAAGUAGCCUCUUGCUGCUGGGGGUUGUAGCGCCAUUCGUCCUCGGGAAGAAUGAUGCCAACGCCUCGCAGUCUGCUGCUGCUGCCCGAGAUGCGAACGAGCAGGCCGCUGGCACCCCAGAGACCUUUCGCGAAAAACUCCGACGUCAUCUCUCACCUGCCAACUGGAUCAAGAGCGUACAGCUGGACGGUCCUACAGGUAACGAUGCUGACGCUAGUCGUCGUCUGACCUGGAACCAUGGCGGGGACAGUGGCUCGAGCGACGACUCCAACUCCAACGACGGAGGAAGCAUGUGCAGCAACGGCGUUACAGGCGUCGAGUCCUCCGACGGCAAGGCUUGCUGCCCCUCCGAGUGCGGAAGCUGCUCUACCGGGUGCGACAGGCGCCGCCUUGGCGGGCGGGACUCGUCAGACAAUGACACCAUCUGCGGGACCCGAAGGCGCCGUCGCCGCCUCACCUACGAGCACGACUACUCCAACGACUCAGAUGACGAUUACGAGGAGUACUGCGACUGCAACACGCGGCGUGCGCUCCGCUCUAGUAGCUCCUCAGACUCCGGGUCAGAGUGCGAGUGCGAGUGCGAGACUGGGCCAGAGCUCGAGGUUGAAUGCUGUGCGGACACCAUCGUCGACAACGGCCAGAUGUGCGACGACGUUGGAUCGGCCCCUUGCGUCAUUGGCGGGUCAACUCCAGAGCCUACGCCAGAGCCUACGCCAGAGCCAACCCCAGAGCCUACUCCAGAGCCUACUCCCGAGCCUACUGCAGACCCCACCGUCGUGUGCUCCAACGGGUUCCCCGGCAUCCAGUCAGGAAACGCUUGCUGUCUCGCGGAGUGCGGCGGAUGCGGAGGAUCGGACUGCGAUGCGCUCGGCGGCGGUCUCGGCGCGGACAACUGCUGCGAGAGCCACAUCGUGGAACACGGCGAGCUCUGCUCCAUCGCGCGCGAGGCACCGUGCUACGUCGAGGAGCCCACUCCUGAGCCCACUCCCGAGCCUACGCCCGAGCCAACUCCGGAACCUACGCCCGAGCCAACUGCGGAACCUACUGCAGAGCCUACCCCUGAGCCGACUCCAGAGCCUACGCCCGAGCCUACGCCCGAGCCAACUGCGGAACCUACGCCCGAGCCAACUGCGGAACCUACUGCCGAACCUACUGCAGAGCCUACCGCUGAGCCGACUCCGGAGCCUACUCCAGAGCCUACGCCCGAGCCUACGCCCGAGCCAACUCCGGAACCUACGCCCGAGCCUACUGCGGAACCUACUGCGGAACCUACUGCCGAACCUACUGCAGAGCCUACCGCUGAGCCGACUCCGGAGCCUACUCCAGAGCCUACGCCCGAGCCUACCGAGCCCACCGACGUGUGCUCCAACGGGUUCCCCGGUAUCGAGUCAGGGAACGCGUGCUGUCUCGCGGAGUGCGGCGGAUGCGGCGGAUCGGACUGCGAUGCGCUCGGCGGCGGUCUCGGUGCGGAGAACUGCUGCGAGAGCGACAUCGUGGAACACGGCGAGCUCUGCUCCGUCGCCCUCGAGGCGCCGUGCUACUUGGAAGACGUGUGCUCCAACGGGUUCCCCGGUAUCCAGUCAGGAAACGCUUGCUGUCUCGCGGAGUGCGGUGGGUGCGGCGGAUCGGACUGUGACGCGCUCGGCGGAGGUCUAGGGGCGGACAACUGCUGCGAGAGCGACAUCGUGGAACGCGGCGAGCUCUGCUCCAUCGCGCUCGAGGCGCCGUGCUACCUGGAAGAGCCUGCGCCCGAGCCUACUCCUGAGCCUACUCCCGAGCCUACCGCCGAGCCUACUCCCGAGCCCACCGCUGAGCCUACUCCCGAGCCCACCGCCGAGCCUACUCCCGAGCCUACCGCCGAGCCUACCGCCGAGCCUACCGCCGAGCCUACUCCCGAGCCUACUCCCGAGCCUACCGAGCCCACCGACACGUGCUCCAACGGGUUCCCUGGUAUCCAGUCUGGAAACGCGUGCUGUCUCGCGGAAUGCGGUGGAUGCGGCGGAUCGGACUGCGAUGCGUUGGGCGGCGGUCUCGGGGCGGAAAACUGCUGCGAGAGUGACAUUGUGGAACACGGCGAGCUUUGCUCCAUUGCACUAGAGGCGCCGUGCUACAUCGACGAGCCGACUCCCGAGCCAACUCCGGAGCCUACACCUGAGCCUACUCCCGAGCCUACUGCCGAGCCUACUGCCGAGCCUACUCCCGAGCCUACUGCCGAGCCCACUGCUGAGCCAACUCCGGAGCCUACACCUGAGCCUACUGCCGAGCCUACUGCCGAGCCUACUGCCGAGCCUACUGCCGAGCCUACUGCCGAGCCUACCGAGCCCACCGGUAUGUGCUCCAACGGGUUCCCCGGUAUCCAGUCAGGAAACGCGUGUUGUCUCGCCGAGUGCGGUGCAUGCGGUGGAUCGGACUGCGAUGAGUUCGGUGGAGGCCUCGGGGCGGACAACUGCUGCGAGAGUGACAUCGUGGAACAUGGCGAGCUGUGCUCCAUCGCGCUCGAGGCGCCGUGCUACAUCGACGACGCCGCCCCUGCGCCUUCGCCGGUUGUCGAGCCAACUCCCGAGCCAACUCCAGAGCCUACGCCAGAGCCCACUCCUGAGCCUACUGCCGAGCCUACUGCCGAGCCUACUGCCGAGCCCACGGCACCCACCGACGUGUGCUCCAACGGCAUUCCCGGUGUCCAGUCAGGGUUCGCUUGCUGUCUCGCGGAGUGCGUUGCAUGCGGCGGAUCUGGCUGUGAUGAGUUCGGAGGCGGUCUCGGCGCGGACAACUGCUGCGAGGGUAACAUCGAGGAGAACGGCGAGCUUUGCUCCAUCACACUCCAGGCGCCUUGUGUCGUAGACGACUCCGCCCCUGCGCCUUCGCCGGUCGCCGAGCCUACUGCACCGGUUCGAGAGCCCACUGCACCUGUGGCCGAGCCCACUGCUCCAGUCGCCGAGCCUACCGCACCCACCGACAUGUGCUCCAACGGGUUCCCCGGUAUCCAGUCAGGAAACGCGUGUUGUCUCGCGGAGUGCGGUGCGUGCGGCGGAUCGGACUGUGAUGAGUUCGGUGGAGGCCUCGGGGCCGACAACUGCUGCGUGAGCGACAUCGUGGAACACGGCGAGCUCUGCUCCAUCGCGCUCGAGGCGCCGUGUUACAUCGACGAGACGUGCUCCAACGGGAUCCCCGGUAUACAGACAGGAAACGCGUGCUGUCUCGCGGAGUGCGGUGCGUGCGGCGGAUCGGACUGUGAUGAGUUCGGUGGAGGCCUCGGGGCGGACAACUGCUGCGUGAGCGACAUCGUGGAACACGGCGAGCUCUGCUCCAUCGCGCUCGCGGCACCGUGCUACAUCGACGACUCAUCGCCGGCGCCUUCGCCUGUCGCCGAGCCCACUGCGCCUGUCGCCGAACCUACCGCACCUGUCGCCGAGCCCACCGCGCCUGUGGCUGAGCCUACAGCACCGGUCGCCGAGCCUACCGCACCCACCGACGUGUGCUCGAACGGAAUCCCCGGCAUCCAGUCUGGGGUCUCGUGCUGUCUCGCGGAGUGCGGUGAAUGCGGCGGGUCUGACUGUGCUGAGUACGGCGACGGUCUCGGGGCGGACAACUGCUGCCAGAGCAACAUCGAGGAAUACGGCGAGCUCUGCUCCAUCAAGCUCGAGGCGCCGUGUGUCGUAGAUGACUCCGCGCCUGCGCCUUCGCCGGUCACCAUGCCCACUGCUCCGGUGGCCGAGCCUACUGCACCGGUUCGAGAGCCUACCGCACCAGUCGCCGAGCCCACUGCACCUGUCACCGAGCCUACCGCCCCCACGGACACAUGCUCGAACGGGAUCCCCGGUAUCCAGUCGGACAACGCGUGCUGUCUCGCGGAGUGCGGUGCAUGCGGCGGGUCGGACUGUGAUGAGUUCGGUGGAGGCCUCGGGGCGGACAACUGCUGCGUGAGCGACAUUGUGGAACACGGCGAGCCCUGCUCCAUCGCGCUCGAGGCGCCGUGCUACAUCGAUGACUCCGCCCCUGCGCCUUCGCCGGUCGCCAUGCCCACCGCCCCUGUCGCCGAGCCCACUGCGCCUGUCGCUGAGCCCACGGCACCUGUCGCUGAGCCUACUGCACCCACCGAGCCAACUUGCAGCACCGGCAUCCCCGGAAUCGAGUCCUCGGACGGCGCGGUCUGUUGCCCGACUGGCUGUACAAUGUGCGGCGGUUCUGGAUGCUCCACCGUGGGAAUGCCCGACUACGGCCCCGAGUCCUGCUGCUCCUCCGACAUCCUCUCCACCGGAGCGUCGUGCAGCGAGACGGGGGAGGCCCCCUGUGUACUCGCCGACGUCGUCCUUACACCUGCCCCGGUCGCCGAGCCUACCGCACCUGUCGCCGAGCCCACUGCACCGGUCGCCGAGACAACUGCACCGGUCACGGAGCCUACUGCACCCACCGACGUGUGCUCGAACGGAAUCCCCGGCAUCCAGUCCGGGGUCUCUUGCUGUCUCGCGGACUGCGGUGAAUGCGGCGGGUCUGACUGUGAUGAGUUCGGGGGAGGCCUCGGGGCGGACAACUGCUGCGAGAGCGACAUCGAGGAAUACGGCGAGCUCUGCUCCAUCAAGCUUGAGGCGCCAUGUGUCGUAGACGCCUCCGCCCCUGCGCCUUCGCCGGUGGCCAUGCCCACUGCGCCUGUGGCCGAGCCCACCGCCCCUGUCGCCGAACCUACUGCGCCUGUUGCCGAGCCGACUGCACCGGUCGCUGAGCCCACUGCGCCUGUCGCCGAGCCCACUGCCCCCGUUCGAGAGCCCACCGCACCUGUCGCUGAGCCUACGGCCCCCGCCGACGUGUGCUCCAACGGGAUCCCCGGUAUCCAGUCAGGAAACGCGUGCUGUCUCGCGGAGUGCGGUGCCUGCGGCGGAUCUGACUGUGCUGAGUUCGGCGGCGGCCUCGGGGAGGACUACUGCUGCCAGAGCGAGAUCGAAGACUUCGGCGAGCUCUGCUCUGCUACGAUGGCGGCUCCGUGUGUCGUUGACGGCUCCGCUCCUGCGCCUUCGCCGGUCGCCAUGCCCACUGCCCCCGUGGCCGGGCCUACUGCACCUGUGGCUGAGCCCACCGCCCCUGUCGCUGAGCCCACUGCCCCCGUUCGCGAGCCCACUGCCCCUGUGGCCGAGCCCACUGCGCCUGUCGCCGAGCCCACCGCCCCUGUCACCGAGCCUACUGCCACCGACGUGUGCUCCAACGGGAUCCCCGGCAUCCAGUCAGGAAACGCGUGCUGUCUCGCCGAGUGCGGCGGAUGCGGCGGAUCUGGCUGUGCCCAGCUUGGCGGCGGCCUCGGCGAGGACAACUGUUGCCAGAGCGAGAUCGAGGACUUCGGCGAGCUGUGCUCUGUCACGAUGGCAGCUCCGUGUGUGGUGGACGGCUCCGCCCCGGCACCUUCGCCGGUCGCCAUGCCCACCGCGCCUGUGGCCGAGCCCACCGCACCUGUCGCUGAGCCUACCGCACCUGUGACCGAGCCCACUGCCCCGGUUCGCGAGCCCACCGCGCCUGUGGCCGAGCCCACCGCACCUGUCGCUGAGCCUACCGCACCUGUGACCGAGCCCACUGCCCCGGUUCGCGAGCCCACCGCGCCUGUGGCCGAGCCCACCGCACCUGUCGCUGAGCCUACCGCACCUGUGACCGAGCCCACUGCCCCGGUUCGCGAGCCCACCGCGCCUGUGGCCGAGCCCACCGCACCUGUCGCUGAGCCUACCGCACCUGUGACCGAGCCCACUGCCCCGGUUCGCGAGCCCACCGCGCCUGUGGCCGAGCCCACCGCACCUGUCGCUGAGCCUACCGCACCUGUGACCGAGCCCACUGCCCCGGUUCGCGAGCCCACUGCGCCUGUGGCCGAGCCCACCGCACCUGUCGUUGAGCCUAGCGCACCUGUGACGGAGCCCACUGCUCCCACCGACACGUGCUCCAACGGGAUCCCCGGCAUCCAGUCAGGAAACGCGUGCUGUCUCGCCGAGUGCGGCGGAUGUGGCGGAUCUGGCUGUGCCCAGCUUGGCGGCGGCCUCGGCGAGGACAACUGUUGCCAGAGCGAGAUCGAGGACUUCGGCGAGCUGUGCUCUGUCACGAUGGCAGCUCCGUGUGUGGUGGACGGCUCCGCCCCGGCACCUUCGCCGGUCGCCAUGCCCACCGCGCCUGUGGCCGAGCCCACCGCACCUGUCGCUGAGCCUACCGCACCUGUGACCGAGCCCACUGCCCCGGUUCGUGAGCCCACUGCACCUGUCGCUGAGCCCACUGCGCCUGUGGCCGAGCCCACCGCACCGGUCGCCGAGCCCACAGCACCUGUGACGGAGCCCACUGCCUCCACCGACACGUGCUCCAACGGAAUCCCCGGCAUCCAGUCAGGAAACGCGUGCUGUCUCGCCGAGUGCGGCGGAUGCGGCGGAUCUGGCUGUGCCCAGCUUGGCGGCGGCCUCGGGGAGGACAACUGUUGUCAGAGCGAGAUCGAGGACUUCGGCAAGCUGUGCUCUGUCACGUUGGCAGCUCCGUGUGUCGUGGACGGCUCCGCCCCUGCGCCUUCGCCUGUCGCCAUGCCCACCGCACCUGUGGCCGAACCCACGGCGCCGGUUCGUGAGCCCACUGCGCCUGUCGCUGAGCCUACCGCACCUGUCGCCGAGCCCACUGCACCUGUGACGGAGCCCACUACUCCCGCCGACACGUGCUCCAACGGGAUCCCUGGUAUCCAGUCAGGAAACGCGUGCUGUCUCGCCGAGUGCGGCGGAUGUGGCGGAUCUGGCUGUGCCCAGCUUGGCGGCGGCCUCGGCGAGGACAACUGUUGCCAGAGCGAGAUCGAGGACUUCGGCGAGCUGUGCUCUGUCACGAUGGCAGCUCCCUGUGUCGUGGACGGCUCCGCCCCUGCGCCUUCGCCGGUCGCUAUGCCCACUGCGCCUGUCACCAAACCCACCGCCCCAGUCGCCGAGCCCACUGCCCCCGUUCGCGAGCCCACCGCACCGGUCGCUGAGCCCACUGCGCCUGUCUCUGAGCCUACUGCCCCGGUUCGCGAGCCCACUGCACCUGUCGCUGAGCCCACUACCCCAACCGACACGUGCUCCAACGGGAUCCCCGGUAUCCAGUCCGGAAACGCUUGCUGUCUCGCGGAGUGUGAUGGAUGCGGCGGAUCUGGCUGUGCCCAGCUUGGCGGCGGCCUUGGGGAGGACAACUGUUGCCAGAGCGAGAUCGAGGACUUCGGCGAGCUGUGCUCUGUCACAAUGGCAGCUCCUUGUGUUGUAGACGGCUCCGCCCCUGCGCCUUCGCCGGUUGCCAUGCCCACUGCACCUGUGGCCGAACCCACCGCCCCUGUCGCCGAGCCCACCGCACCAGUCGCUGAGCCCACUGCGCCUGUCGCCGAGCCUACUGCCCCAGUUCGCGAGCCCGCUGCACCUGUGGCCGAGCCCACGGCACCUGUGGCCGAACCCACCGCCCCUGUCGCCGAGCCCACCGCACCAGUCGCUGAGCCCACUGCGCCUGUCGCCGAGCCUACUGCCCCAGUUCGCGAGCCCGCUGCACCUGUGGCUGAGCCCACUGCGCCUGUCGCCGAACCCACCGCCCCUGUCGCCGAGCCCACUGCCCCUGUUCGCGAGCCCACCGCACCGGUCGCCGAGCCUACUUCCCCCACCGACGUGUGCUCCAACGGUAUCCCCGGUAUCCAGUCAGGAAACGCUUGCUGUCUCGCGGAGUGCGGUGCAUGCGGCGGAUCUGGCUGCGCUGAGCUUGGCGGCGGCCUUGGCGAGCACAACUGCUGCCAGAGCGAGAUCGAGGACUUCGGCGAGCUGUGCUCUCUCUCGCUGGCAGCUCCGUGUGUCGUAGACGGCUCUGCCCCUGCGCCUUCGCCGGUCGCCAUGCCUACCGCACCUGUGGCGGAGCCCACUGCCCCGGUUCGCGAGCCUACUGCGCCUGUCGCUGAACCCACUGCUCCCGUCGCUGAGCCCACCGCACCUGUUGCCGAGCCGACUGCACCUGUGAUGGAGCCCACGGCACCUGUCACCGAACCCACUGCGCCUGUGGCCGAGCCUACCGCACCUGUCGCCGAGCCCACUGCACCCACCGACGUGUGCUCCAACGGGAUCCCCGGUAUCCAGACCGGAAACGCGUGCUGUCUCGCGGAGUGCGGUACAUGCGGCGGGCGCGGCUGCGCUGAGUACGGCGGGGGCCUCGGGGAGGACAACUGCUGCCAGAGCGAGAUCGAAGACUUCGGCGAGCUGUGCUCUGUCACGAUGGAAGCUCCGUGUGUGGUGGACGACGUGUGCUCCAACGGGAUCCCCGGUAUCCAGACCGGAAACGCGUGCUGUCUCGCGGAGUGCGGUACAUGCGGCGGGCGCGGCUGCGCUGAGUACGGCGGGGGCCUCGGGGAGGACAACUGCUGCCAGAGCGAGAUCGAAGACUUCGGCGAGCUGUGCUCUGUCACGAUGGAAGCUCCGUGUGUGGUGGACGACGUGUGCUCCAACGGGAUCCCCGGUAUCCAGACCGGAAACGCGUGCUGUCUCGCGGAGUGCGGUGGAUGCGGCGGAACCGGCUGUGCUCAGCUUGGCGGCGGCCUCGGUGCGGACAACUGCUGCAUGAGCGAGAUCGAAGACUUCGGCGAGCUGUGCUCUGUCACGAUGGAAGCUCCGUGUGUGGUGGACGACGUGUGCUCCAACGGGAUCCCCGGUAUCCAGACCGGAAACGCGUGCUGUCUCGCGGAGUGCGGUGGAUGCGGCGGAACCGGCUGUGCUCAGCUUGGCGGCGGCCUCGGUGCGGACAACUGCUGCAUGAGCGAGAUCGAAGACUUCGGCGAGCUCUGCUCAGCCACGAUGACAGCACCGUGUAUCGUAGACAGUGUCUCAGGCCCUGCGCCUUCUCCGGUCGCCAUGCCUACCGCACCUGUGGUCGAGCCUACGGCGCCUGUCACCGAGCCUGCUGCACCCACCGGUGAUUCUACGUGCCCCAACGCUGGCGGCAUCCCCGGAGUCGAGUCGCCGGGCUCCAGCGCCUGUUGUCCGACGUCAUGCGUCAGCUGCGGUGGCGUGGGCUGCUCUUCUCGCGGAGAAGUGACCGACUGCUGCGUGUCCGCGAUCAUGACCAAGGGCCAAGCUUGCGAGGUGUCCGGAACAGCGCCAUGCUACAUCGGUGACGGUGGCGAGGCUCCCGCCCCGACCCCUGAGCCUGUUAGGCCCACCCCCGUCACCAUGGAGCCGACGACGGAGCCACCGGCUGCCCCGACCACUCAAGGCCUUUGCUCCAACGGCGUCCCUGGCAUUGAGUCUGCCAGCGGCGACUACUGCUGCCCUGCGACGUGCCGAGCGUGCGACGGUGACAACUGCUACCUCGACGGCUUGUUCUGCUGCGGCGACGACAUCGAAGAGACCGGCGUGCUGUGCGACGAUUCCGAAGAGGCGCCCUGCAUCAUCGACAUCGACGGCGGCGGUUUCGGCACCUACGCUCCCACCGGCGCUCCCACGGGCACUCCCUUCGACUUCGACCCGACCAUCUCCGGCGGGAACGACGACAGCAUGGACGUCGACAUCGAUGGUGACGGGAACGUCGACAGCUACGAGCACGUCGGGUGUUACGCACUAUCCCCGACCGCCUCGGUCGAGCUGGAGAAACUCGACGGAGAAGAACAGAUGACCAAGAUGUUGUGCUUCGAGGCGUGCGCCGCCGAGUCCGCCGACUACUUCGCGCUCUUCAAGGGCAGCGUGUGCACCUGCGGCAACGAAGGCGGCUACCUGACCAUGCCAAUGGAGAUGGGAAUCUGCGACACCCCCUGCAGCGGUGACGUCACGGCCACGUGCGGAGGGUACUACGACUACGACCUCUACGAACUGAUGGAGAGCGACGUCGGUACUUCCGCCCCCACCUCGUCGCCCGUGGUCCCUGCCCCGACCGACGGCACUGGAAACCCGUCCUACUGAUUCCAGUCGUCCGAUCAACGGCGAUGAUAGGCUUGCUUGUCAUGGCGUAGCAUCCUCUUGUGCUUUGUUGCCGUAGUUUUCCUAAUUGUCGACACUGAUGGUGCUGGCUGUCUCUUGUAUUACAUUUAUUUGUGGAAAUAGUUAGGUGUGGGAUAUGUUGUAGGGCCAUGAGUUGGGACUGUCGGGAUUGCGAGAUUACCACGUUGACGAGCUGCC